UACUCUAUAAGGAAGUGCGUGGGCAGUCUGUGUUGACCUCCCCGUGGAGUUGUGAGAGUAUAAAUCAGACGUGUUCCUAUUUUAAUCAGAGGACAAUGGCGGAAGUUUAAUAAAUGUGGAACGCUGGUAAUGAUCUACAUUUAAAAUGAUGUCCGUCCAAAAAGUAGUGUUGAAUUCAAGGCCUGGGAUUAACGGAGAGCCAGUUCCUGAAAAUUUUCGCCUGGAAGAAUGCAGCUUUGUAGUCGACCUGAAACCUGGCGAGGUAUUGGUACGGACACUCUACCUGUCAGUGGAUCCGUACAUGCGAUGCCGAAUGAAUGAAGACACAGGGACAGACUACUUGUCACCAUGGCAACUUUCAGAAACUGUGGAUGGAGGAGGAAUUGGGGUUGUGGAAGCCAGCAAGCAUGAGAACUUCACUCCUGAAGAUAUAGUAACUUCUUUUUUCUGGCCUUGGCAAAACCGAGCCAUUUUAGAUGGGAAGCUGUUGGAAAAGCUCGACCCCAAGUUAGUAGAUGGACAUCUCUCCUAUUUCCUUGGUGCGGUGGGAAUGCCAGGACUAACUGCACUACUUGGUGUAAGAGAGAAGGGUCAUGUGAGAGCGGGAACCAAUCAGACUGUGGUCGUUAGUGGUGCAGCUGGAGCUUGCGGUUCAUUGGCUGGCCAGAUAUGUAGAUUAGAAGGCUGUGCCAGAGUAAUUGGAAUGUGUGGCUCCAAUGAAAAGUGCAAAGUCCUGGUGGAUGAGCUUGGAUUUGACAAUGCUAUAAACUACAAGCUGGAGGAUGUCACCGCCAGGCUUCUGGAGUGCUGCCCUGCUGGGAUAGAUGUUUAUUUUGACAAUGUUGGCGGACCGAUCAGUGAUACUGUAAUAUCUCAGAUGAACAAAGAUGGACAUGUAAUCCUGUGCGGACAGAUCUCUCAGUACAACAGGGAUGUUCCAUAUCCACCUCCACUGCCAGCCAGUACCCAGGAGGUGCUGCUCACCAGAAACAUAACCAGGGAGAGGUUUACUGUGCUGAAUUACAGAGAGAAACACGCAGAAGGGACCGUGCAGUUGAGCUACUGGGUCAGAGGAGGAAAGCUCAAGGUUCUGGAGACAGUGAUGAGUGGACUGGAGAACAUGGGAGAGGCUUUUCACUCAAUGAUGAAAGGUGGAAACCUGGGGAAGCAAAUAGUCAAGAUAUCCGAGUAACUCGGCCACCAUGUAGUGUCAAAAUGACGUCUUCAGUAUCCACACUGGUAGCCAAGCUUGCUUUUUUAAAUUGCUUUAUCACUUGAGCUAUUAAAUGGCGUCUGAAGAUGGCAGGAAUAUUGCUGGGAAGAAUUGUUUUUUUUUGUUAUUCCCGGUCACACGCACUUGGUGACAUGAAGUGACGUGGGGUGACCUGUCGCAGCUCUGAUGUUUGUAAGCUGGCUGCACCGCCAUAUCUCUCAGACUAGCUGGUUUAGAAUUUUUAGUUAAUAUAUAAUAAUCUUUGAACAAUGCAAUCUAAUCCAGUGUGGAAGGACGGCCCCCCAGGCACAGAGAGGCACCGAAUGUCCCAAAAGACACACGUUUAUUAGUCUAUAAAUCAACAGCACCAUAAUGCCUAAAUUAUCCAGUCUCUGUCCCUUUGUUACUUUAGUCUCUACAUACUUCUGCCGCCUUUACUCCUCUCCUCCUGAGCUCCAUCUUCUUCCUCCUGACUCCAGCUCCUCUACUGGAGGGAGGCGGCCUCUUU